AUAAAGACGCAGCAAGCGAUUCUUUUCUAUUAUUGAGUAAACAUAUAUAUAGUACAGGAGUGGCAGCGGUACAUGAGGAACAGAAAGAACUGAUCAGAGGAUUUAUGUAGUAUAGGAGCACGUUACAACAGAAUAGGAACGUUAUACAGUAGAGAGAGGUGGCUGGACAUACGGAUUGGUUAUCAGACAUGCCCUUUCCGUGGAAGGUCGAAGGAAGCUCUUCGCUGAAGCUCCGGCCAAGAAGAGCAGAAAGCCACCACGACCACAGGAACCAGUCCUCAAAUUAACCAUAGUCGAAGAGGUUAGAGGUGUCGUCAGCUGACAACGACGACGGGGAAGAAGAUCAGCUGCUCUUCGACGAGUACGAGCUCGACGACGGUAAAUUAUCACUGGCUCUCUCUAAUUUUCCUCAAAAUUCCGGUCGCAUUGCUCAAUUUUGAAUGUGGAAUUGGUAGAGGAGUUGCUAGAGGAUGUUGAGGAUGAAGGUGAUUUCGAAAAUGUGUGUGUAGAAGAAGAUGAUGCGCUACUUCAACUAAGUUCGAAUUGGUUUCUGUUUGGACUCUAGAGUGAAAUUAAAAGGAAAAGGUGCCCUAAAUUAUGAUCAUACUUGGCUUUUUUGAGGAAAGUUGGGGAUGGGGUGGAAUAGCCCUAGCUGCAACGUGGUGGGACAACGAAGCAUUAGCAAUAGCUGAGCAGGUAUGUAUGUCUGUUGUCUGAAGGGGAAUUGGGAAUGUAUGCUUCCAGGACGCUAUCAAAUCCUCAGGUAUCAUCUCCUGGUGUUGAAAGAGUGUUUCGGAUCCCUGAAGACAUUGAUCGAUUCAGGGACCGGCCUAUGUAUGUAAAGUAUGUCAGUCAGGCAGUCAGAAAGGAACAGAUUCUGCCUCAAAAAGUGAUGGCAUCUUCAAGCUUGUUUCAUUUGACGAGGAAAUGAAAAGUUGCACCUGGGGUCUGGCAGAUGUAAGGAUAAAUAGAAAGAAAUCUGUGAAGGGAAGACUACUUAGCAAAAAGCAGAGAGAAUGGCAUCUGAAUACGCCUUUUGAGUCGUUGCACGAAUCUUCUACCAGUGAAUUAUGAUGUAUGAAUGUUGCCUUCUGUUCCUAUAUCCUUCUCUCCCAAGAUCAGUGGAUAGUUCCAUAGGCGGAUUGCUUGUUGAUCAGAAUAUGAGUCCAUGCGCAAAGGAUUUAGUUCUCCUAUAAGGUGACUUCAGACUAAAUGUCCGGUAUAUGAUGCAAUUCCGAGAGUAGAAAGAAAACUGCAAAUGAUUGGGAACCUGACCCUGUUCACAUUUUUUCCUAGCCAUGAAACAAUCAAGAACUUGCAAGACAUCUGAUACACUGCUCUGUCUUAUGAAAAGGCACUUACCGCCGGUUUUCCCGAGACUUCUUCAUACCUUGACGCAUUUGAGGACUUAACAUGAUUGUCUUCAAGUUGUCUGUACUCCUGUGGGUUUGCCAAUUAAUAUUUUUCUUGUUUACCAAGUAAUCCACACAGUGAAUCCGUAGUAUGAAAUGUUUUCAUGAGCAGACCGCUGUUUAGCUCGGCAGUUGCUGAUUCGGUGAUCAAUGAAUGAAAAGUGUGCUUCUAUCAUUCACGGUUGUUUUUUUUUAACAGUUAAUGAUGUCAUGUGGUCAAGCAAGUGAAAGCCCACCCUCAGAUUCACGUGCCCUGGCGAAUGGUGAUUGGUGAGUGAGUAGUAACGGAAUUCGUUUGAUAAAGAAAGAAAGAAAAUCAGGAAAAAAAGGAGAUAAGGAAAGAAUAUGAUAAUACAUAGAGUUAGAGAUGGAAGAGGAAACCAACAUGCAAGGUUACAAUCAUUAUGAGGAUUCCUUUUUUUUCCUCUUUCUCUCGCUGCUUGCUCUACUUUUUCGACUUGUUUCCCAUAAUUUCCAGAAGAUCUGCUCUUCCCAUUUCACAUGGUUUAUCUCAUUUUCUGUUUCUGGAACUUAUCUCGCUUCAAUAGUUUCACGGUAUAAAUAUGUGUACAAGGAGGUGAAUGAACCCCACAUUUAUUGUUCAUUGGUUGGUGGGUUUCUUAAGGACUGUGGUAAGGAUCAAGUUGAGAAAAAGCGAGAGAGACAGAAAAAUGGGUAGGCUGUCUUGGUUUUUUGGUGGGGCUUUGAAUCAUUUCAUUGUCGCUGCUGUUGUGCUUUUGCUGGUGGUUUUGAGCAAUGUGGAAGCGUUCCCUGCUGAGGAUCUGGUUGUGAACUUGCCCGGCCAGCCAAAAGUUGGGUUCAGGCAGUUUGCUGGUUAUAUUGACAUCGACGUCAAGACUGGGAAGAGCCUGUUUUAUUACUUUGUCGAGGCCCAGUCCACUCCUCUUAGCAAGCCACUCAGUCUCUGGCUCAAUGGAGGACCAGGAUGUUCCUCAAUGGGUGGAGGUGCGUUCACAGAAUUGGGCCCCUUCUAUCCAAGGGGUGAUGGCCGAAGCCUUAGAAUAAACAGAAUGUCAUGGAACAGAGACCAAGUUUGGAGUUUCUUUUGGGCAGCAUCAAAUCUCCUCUUCGUUGAAUCCCCUGCUGGAGUGGGAUGGUCUUACUCAAACACCAGUUCUGAUUAUAAGAUAGGAGAUGCCGCCACUGCCAUGGAUAUGCGCGUAUUCUUGAUCAAAUGGUUGGCGAAGUUCCCGGAGUACAAGUCCUUACCAUUUUUUCUCACAGGAGAAAGCUACGCUGGACAUUAUAUCCCUCAAUUGGCUGACCUCCUUCUUGAACACAAUGCUCACUCCAAGGGCUUCAAGUUCAACCUCAAGGGAGUUGCAAUUGGGAACCCACUCCUGAACCUGGACCAGGACGCGGGGUCUCCGUACGAGUACUUCUGGUCGCAUGGCAUGAUGUCCGACGAGCUUCACCAGAAGAUCACCAACGAAUGCGACUUCGAUGACUACACUUUCGAGAAUCCCCACAACGAAUCCGAAAGCUGCAACGACGCCUUGUCCACGGCUAUGAACGUGGUCGGAAACUACGUGAACAACUACGAUGUUCUCCUCGACGUCUGCUAUCCGUCCAUAUUCGAGCAAGAACUGAGGCUCAAGAAGCUGGCGACCAAGAUUAGCCUUGGAAUCGAUGUGUGCAUGUCCAGCGAAAGGAAGAUGUACUUCAACCUUCCUGAAGUGCAGAAGGCUCUCCAUGCUAACAGAACCAGCCUUCCUUACCCGUGGACCAUGUGCAGCUCGAUAUUGCAGUACCAGGAGAGUGAUGGUAACAUCGACAUUCUCCCGGUACUCAAAAAGAUCAUUGAGAAUGGUAUCCCAGUCUGGAUUUUCAGUGGGGAUCAAGAUUCUGUUGUCCCAUUGAUGGGCUCCCGGACCCUGGUGCGACAGCUGGCCGAUGAUCUCAAGUUCAAGGUCACAGUUCCAUAUUCUACUUGGUUCCACAAAAACCAGGUUGCGGGUUGGGUGACAGAAUAUGGGAAUCUGUUGACAUUUGCAACGGUGAGGGGAGCAGCCCAUAUGGUUCCAUAUGCACAGCCAUCAAGAGCUUUGCAUCUCUUCAGCGCAUUCCUUCGCGGGAAAAGACUCCCUGAUCAUCCCAAAAUCUCCGACUAAGCAGGCCCAGAAAUUGGAGAGCUGAAGAAGGGCCCAGAUAAACUACAAGGCCCAAAUUCGUUCCGGCUCCCGAAAAGAAUAGGAGAAAAAGGAGCAAUAAUUAAUGGAUCAAUGUAGUUAGGUUUUCUGUCUAGAUUUUAUUAAAACAAAAAGAAAAAGAAAUUUCAAUAUUGACAGGGAAUAUAGGAAGGUAUUAGAGGGAGCUAAUGUCGAGUUGUUUGUUUAUGAUUGAUCUAUGAUGAAGUAAUUGGAAAUGGAGAAGAAAAUCAAGGUCCCCUACAAUAUUUGUUCAUUCUUUGCUUAUGAGGAAAAUAUGUUAAUUGGGUAUAUGCUUGGUACCCAUUCAUAUGCACGUUUCAAC